AGUGACGACAUUAAAAUGGCGUCCUCCGCUAGCCGGCUCACCUCACGCUGUUUCGCCACAUCACUUAUUUCCAAACUCAGCCGUUGUCGUUUCCACUUUGUAUCCGCCAGACAUGCUUGUCUUUCGGUGACGUUGUCAGCUGCACAGCGGGGAGGUUUGACGGCUCACCCGAGCCCGUGGAGCCACAUAACUGCGGUGACAUUGAUCCGACUGACAGCUUCACGAUGUCCUCACAUUAUCCCCAACCGAUGCCUCCGCACCAGUACGAGAUGUGCCAACAAGCAAGACUUGUACGAAGUGUUGGGCGUCGCUCGCACGGCUUCACAAAAGGACAUCAAAAAGGCAUAUUAUCAGUUGGCAAAAAAGUACCAUCCAGACACCAACCCAGACGACCCGGAGGCCAAAGAAAAAUUUGCCAAGUUGGCUGAAGCCUACGAGGUGUUGAGCGACGAGGUGAAGAGGCAGCAGUACGACACGUAUGGCUCGGCGGGCAUGGAUGCAAACCGUAUGGGCCAGCAGCAGUACUACAGAGCGGGGAGCUCCAACGUCAAUCCAGAGGAGCUCUUUAGGAAGAUCUUCGGGGAUUUUGCAGGCGGAUUCCGAGACGUUAACAGCAUGUUUGAGCAACGCCCGGCGUUUCUGAUGGAGCUGACGUUUGCCGAAGCAGCGAAGGGCGUGAACAAGCCGCUGUCCGUCAACCUGGAGGACGCCUGCCCGAGGUGCAACGGCAAAGGCAGCGAGCCAGGCACCAAAGUAUCGCACUGCCACUACUGCAACGGCACCGGCAUGGAGUCACUGCACACGGGCCCAUUCAUGAUGAGAAGCACGUGUCGACGGUGCGGCGGCAAGGGCUCCAUCGUAAUCACGCCGUGCGCUCUCUGCCGCGGUUCGGGUCAGACUAAGAAGAGGCAAACCAUCACGGUGCCGGUUCCGGCCGGGGUUGAACACGGUCAGACCGUGCGCAUGUCAGUCGGCCAGAAAGAAAUUCUCAUCACGUUUGAGGUCCAGAAGAGCCCCAUAUUCAGGCGUAACGGACAGGACAUCCACUCUGAUGUGCUGAUAUCUGUGGCUCAAGCCAUCUUGGGCGGCACCGCCAGUGCGCAAGGCCUUCACGAAAGCAUCAGCAUCGCGAUUCCUGCUGGUUGCCAAGUGGAUCAGGUGAUCCGACUACAAGGGAAAGGUAUUCGCAGGAUGAACAGUUACAGCUACGGUGAUCACUACGUCCACAUCAAGAUACGGGUGCCUAAGAAACUGACGCGACGGCAGCGCUCUCUGCUACUCAGUUACGCUGAAGAGGAGACUGAUGUUUCCGGGACGGUUAAUGGUGUUAAUCCAUCGCCAGCAGGGGGAGGCAGCACGACAGCUUCUAGCGAGAAGUCGAACAGCUCAGCCAAAAAAGAGGACAAACCGAAGGAGACAGAAGAGGGGGGAGGCUUUUUUUCAAAACUCAAGAAAAUGUUUAGCUGAAAUAAUAAUUGGAAAAACUCAAGAAAUGGCUCAUAUGAAAGCUAAGACCUCAAAUCUCUACCUCAAAGUUCCUCAAGGCAAAGAUCAAGAUCCUGCAGGACUGGCCAGCCCACUCACCAGACAUUAACAGUAUGAAAGAGGAAGCAUGGAAGACGAAACCCAAGAAUGUUGAUGAACUGUGGGAGGCAUGCAAGACUGCUUUAUUUGAUGUUCCUGAUGACUUCAUCAAUAAAUUGUAUGAAUCCUUGCCGAACCGCAUGGAUGCAGUCCUUCAAGCCCAUGGAAGUCAUACAAAAUAUUAAAUUUGGAUUGGAAAAAGCAGGGGUCGUCUUAUAUUCGCGGUCUAGACAUUAUACCCAUUAUAAUAUUACUUAGUCUUAUUACCGUAUUGGCCCGAAUAUGAGACAGUGUUUUUUGCAUUGAAAUCAGAUUGAAAAAGCAGGGGUCGUCUUAUAUUCGCAGUCUCGACAUUAUACCCAUUCACGACGCUAGAUGGCGCCAGAUAUCAUUGAAGCGAUGUUCUGUCAUGACAUCUCAGAUAUCUCAAGUUUAACCAGUUGGCAUUACUUUAUUGCAAUGUUUUUCCUUAUUCAGAUUUGUUUCAAGACUACAAUUACAGUUAGACUUCACUUGAUGGUUAAUGCAGUUAUUGCAAUUUUGUUGUUUUAUCACAAUAGAUUGGUUUAUUUACAUUUCAAAAACCAGAAGUCAUUCAUUUACAAAUGUGAUUCCACUUAAGUUUACAUAUUUAAAUGUUCAGAUAUGAAGGUUUGAAUGAGGCAAAAUAACAUGCUUUUUUUCCCCUUCAAAUAUAUUGUUAUAAUAAUUUGUUUCGGAUGUACUGUAAUUAUUUUCUGUAUAAACAUUAAUUUGGUGUUCAAAAAGUCUUUUUUUUUUUGAAACUUCAGUCCAGAAAAAGAGGGGGUCGUCUUAUAAUCAGGGCCGUCUUAUAUUCGGGCCAAUACGGUAAUAUAUAUUCUUACUGUGUUUUUGUAAAUUUGGUUUAAUAAAUUUGGAGGGGGGCGCAAUAAUAUACCAUAUCGCAAUAAUUUAUGAGAGAAUUUAUCGUCCACUAAAAUUUGUUAUCGCGACAGGCCUAGUCAUGAGUCUUUCAGCAGGACAAUGACCCAAAACGCAUGUCAAAAAGCAGUACAAAAUGGGUUGAGAGAAAGCACUGGAGACUUCUAAAGUGGUCAGCAAUGAGUCCAGACCUGAAUCCUAGAGAACACCGGUGGAGAGAUCUGAAAAUGGCAGUUUGGAGAAGGCACCCUUCAAAUCUCAUAGACCUGGAGCAGUUGGCAAAAAAAGAAUGGUCUAAAAUUCCAGCAGAGCAUUGUAAGAAACUCACUGCUGGAUACCGCAAGCGGUUGUUCGCAGUUAUUUUGUCAAAAGGUUGUGCUACCAAGUAUUAGGCUGAGGUUGCCAAUACUUUUGCCCAGCCCAUUUUUUGAGUUUUGUGUAAAAUGAUAAUGAUUUAAAAAUAAAAUUCAUUCUCUUUUGUGUUUUUUCAUUGCAAGCACAAUGAAUGAAGAUAUUACUACCAGAGGAUUUGUAAUUGCAAUCAUUUUCUGGGAGAAAUUGAGCAUUAUCUGACAGAAUUGCAGGGGUGCCAAUAUUUUGGCCAGCGGUGCAACAACCCACAGGUUGCUAAUAUGCUGUUUCAGAUCACUAAACUGUGUACAGGUUACUAUACUAUAUCCACAGUUUACUUAUAUGUUGGUACAGGUCACUAAAGUGUACCUAUAGAUGACUAGUAAACAGUACAAAUCUGUAUCCACAGACCAUUAAACGGUCUCUGGAGCCAGAGUAGCUCCAUAAGCAUCAAGUGAAAACUUAGCAGCUUUACCAAAGAUAAUACAGUAGUCAGUUUCAUUGACACUGUCUUUGUGGUAUCUAUUUAGCAGCGUGUUUAUUGCUGUGGUUGCGGCAGUAGUGGAAAAGCAUUCACUUGUGAAAUUACAAGGAAAAGUUAAACAAGUGAGAUGAGCCUCACUAUUGUCGGCCCAGUCAUUAAAAAGAAGACCUCUUCAAACUUCCUUUCAGGGAGUCGAGGCGCCACCAAAACCAAGUGAGCAGUCAAAAGUUAGAAGAAAAAUAAAAGUUCAUGUUCACAGCAGAUUCUAAUUUGCCAUGUUAAACACAGAGUGGGACCACACAGACAACAAUGCCUUGAAUGGUGAUUAGAGAGCAAAUCCGGUGAAAGCCAAUUAAAUGCUUCGUGUCAGCACAUCCUGAAAUGUUUUCACUGCUUCUCAUUUGGUGUCGUGCUUUACAAAUUUGUGAAAGGGGCCGUGUGUCAAUCACGGGUGACUGACAUAUGGUUGCUGCGAGCAACAGGGAAAUGUGGGAAGAAGUUUGGUGUCCACAUUGUAGGCAACACUUUGUCGAGUUCCCACAAAAAAACGAUCAAAGAGGCUAAUUGGACUUAGUACAGGUGCUUUAUACUUAAUAAUACGCCUUAAAAGCAGCAAGUCAAGAAGUAAGUGCGAAAUGCGCAUAAUAGUUUCCUUUGACUGACACAACAAUAAAGCAAGUCUGGAAGACUGGUUGGUCCUUAC